AUGGCUGACCAGCGACUGACGCACGGCGUGUCCGUGGCAGCUGUGCGGCGGUUUCUGGGUGAUCUGAAGCGCGAGUUCCCCGACACGUACACUGAGAUGACCACGGAGGAUGCCUGCAAGCAACUGGUUGUGCCACGCACACGCCAGGACAACUGCGCCUACGUCGAGCAGCUGCGCAAGCAGUCGCCAGAACACGUGAACAAGGCCACCGUGUUUGUGUCGCACGCAUGGCGGUACAAGAUCGCAGACGUGUUGAACGUGUUGCUCGAGUUUGCGGAAGAGCAAGUACGGAAGGACGACGACCAGCCCGUGUUCUUCUGGUUUGACCUCUUCAUGAACAACCAAAACGCCAACGUCACGGCCAACCUUCCACAAGAAUGGUGGAGCACGACGUUCAAGCAGUCGAUUGCCAACAUUGGCCAUGUGCUGCUGGUGCUCAUGCCGUGGCGAGACCCUGUUCCCUUGACACGCGCGUGGUGUUUGUGGGAGAUCUUCUGUGGCAUCAGCAACGAAGGCACAGAGGUCACCAUCCAACUACCCAACAGCGAAGAACAGGCGCUCGAAGACGCCAUUCGCGGCAGCUACACAGCCGUCACAGACACGCUGGUGCGCGUGCAAGCAGAGAGAGCUGACGCCUUCAACCCCCACGACAAACACAUGAUCUUCACAGCGAUCCAGUCGUGGGCGGGCGGCUUUGGCGCAGUCAACCAAGCCGUGAAAGACCAGCUGCGCGCGUGGUGCCUGCAAAAGGCGGUGGGUGCCGUCGAAGCAAUGCGGGCACGAGGCGAGGACAGCACUGACGCCUUCGCGGGGCUGUGUGGCCAGGUUGGGACGGUGCUCAGCCAGUUUGGCGAGCACGAUCGUGCCGUUGCCUACUACGAGACAGCGCUGGCAAUUCGGCUGCGCACUGAAGGGGAGAAAGGAAGAAACGCGGCAGCACCGUACGGCAACCUCGGCAACGCCUACUGCAGCAAGGGCGAGCAUGACAAGGCCAUUGCUUACCAUGAGAAGGCCCUCGCCAUCAGGGUGGAGACGCUGGGCGAGAAGCACCCGAGCACAGCCGACACCUACGACAACCUCGGCACUGUCUACGCCAGCAAGGGCGAGUACAACAAGGCGAUUGCGUACCAUGAGAAGGCGCUCGCCAUCAGGGUGGAGACGCUGGGCGAGAAACACCCGAGCACAGCCACGUCGUACAACAACCUCGGCAACGCCUACGAUGACAAGGGGGAGUACGAUAAGGCGGUUGCGUACUACGAGAAGGCGCUCACCAUCAAGGUGGAAACGCUGGGCGAGAAACACCCGAGUACAGCGAGCACCUACAACAACCUCGGCAACACCUACAACAACAAGGGCGAGCACGACAGGGCGGUUGAGUGCUAUGAGAAGGCGCUCGCCAUCAAGGUGAAUACGUUGGGCGAGAAGCACCCGAGCACGGCCACGUCGUGCUUCAACAUUGGCCUGCUGCACGACAAGCGCGGUGACAAGGAGCAGGCCUGCGCCUACAUGCAGCGGGCGCUCGACGGUUACACAAGCACGGUCGGCCCAGACCACCCAGACGCGCGCGACGCGGAGUGCGAACUGCGGCGCAUUCGCGGCAACGACGAGCCGGAUGACGGCGGUGCACGCACUGCCGCCUCCCUGGGCGAGGAAGAGAACGAGCAGAAGCAGCAAGAAGGGGACGGCGAUGACCAAGUUCAAGCUGUGGCUGGCCAGCAAGAUGCAGCAGACGAGUCUGAGCCGCAGGAGCGUUCUCCACAACAGCCUCUGGCCGGCUGGUUGCGGAAGCGUGGGCGACGGAGGGCCGCCUUUCGCCCGUGCUGGUGCAAGUUUGACGACGACGGCCACUUCGCGUACGGCAAGUCCGCUUCAGGCACGGCCAAGCGGCGCAUCCCCCUUUCCAGUGUGCUGUCAGCUGAGCUCGCCCAUGGUGAGGAGGAGUUACACGUUGCUGUUCCUGGCCGCACCUUCGUCUUCCGCUUGCACGCGCGCUCUGACACCUCGCUCGCUGACUGGUGCACCGCCAUCAACAGCCGCAUCAACGCCGCCACUUGA